UGCCGACGGGAUAUUUAUUCAAGGAAAUGAUCUUAAAAUUGAUGAGAGUUCUUUGACUGGAGAGUCAGACCAGGUCCGCAAAUCUGUUGACAAAGAUCCAAUGCUACUGUCAGGUACUCACGUCAUGGAAGGCUCUGGAAGAAUGCUUGUAACUGCUGUGGGUGUGAAUUCUCAGACAGGCAUCAUCUUUACUCUGUUAGGUGCUGGAGGAGAAGAAGAAGAAAAGAAAGACAAAAAAGAUUCUUCCCAUCCCUCCUCCCACCCUCCUUCAGCUACAGAUGGUGCAGCAGGUGCAAAUGCCACCGAUAAUGCAAAUGUCAGCUUAGUCAAUGGCAAAAUGCAGGAUGGGAAUAUGGAGAACAGCCAGAACAAAGCCAAACAGCAGGAUGGGGCUGCUGCCAUGGAGAUGCAGCCACUGAAGAGUGCUGAGGGGGGAGAAGGAGAUGACAAAGACAAGAAGAAAUCCAACAUGCACAAGAAGGAAAAAUCUGUCCUACAGGGAAAGCUGACCAAGCUGGCAGUCCAGAUAGGCAAAGCAGGUUUGGUGAUGUCUGCCAUCACUGUAAUCAUUUUGGUACUAUAUUUUGCCAUUGACACCUUUGUGGUGAAAAAGAAACAGUGGUUACCUGAGUGCACUCCUGUCUAUGUUCAGUAUUUUGUUAAAUUCUUCAUUAUUGGUGUUACUGUACUUGUGGUUGCUGUCCCUGAGGGUCUUCCACUUGCUGUCACUAUUUCUUUGGCUUAUUCUGUAAAGAAAAUGAUGAAAGAUAACAAUUUGGUCCGCCACUUAGAUGCCUGUGAAACUAUGGGUAAUGCUACAGCCAUAUGCUCUGACAAAACAGGGACACUAACAACCAACCGGAUGACAGUCGUCCAAGCCUAUAUUGGUGAUGUGCACUACAAAGAGAUCCCUGACCCUGAUUCUGUACCUGCUAAGACCCUUGAAUUACUGGUUAAUGCAAUUGCUAUCAACAGUGCUUACACUACAAAAAUUCUGCCACCAGAAAAGGAGGGUGGCCUGCCUCGGCAGGUAGGCAAUAAGACGGAAUGCGGACUCUUGGGCUUUGUUCUGGAUUUGAAGCAGGAUUAUGAGCCUGUUCGGAACCUCAUCCCUGAGGAGAAACUUUAUAAAGUUUACACAUUCAACUCUGUGAGAAAGUCAAUGAGUACUGUCAUCAAGAUGCCAGAUGGUAGUUUCCGAAUGUACAGCAAAGGAGCUUCUGAAAUUGUUCUGAAGAAGUGUUCCAGGAUCCUUAAUGCAGCUGGUGAACCUCGUAUCUUCAGACCACGUGACCGGGAUGAAAUGGUGAAGAAAGUGAUUGAACCAAUGGCCUGUGAUGGAUUGAGAACUAUCUGUGUUGCUUUCCGAGACUUCAACAGCAGCCCAGAACCUGACUGGGACAAUGAAAAUGACAUUUUAUCUGAUCUGACUUGCAUUUGUGUUGUUGGCAUUGAAGAUCCAGUAAGACCAGAGGUCCCAGAAGCCAUAAGAAAGUGCCAGCGAGCUGGAAUUACGGUCCGCAUGGUCACUGGAGACAAUAUCAACACAGCACGUGCCAUUGCCAUAAAAUGUGGAAUCAUUCAUCCAGGAGAAGACUUUCUUUGCCUUGAAGGGAAAGAGUUUAACAGGAGGAUCCGAAAUGAGAAGGGAGAGAUUGAGCAAGAGCGGAUUGACAAAAUCUGGCCAAAGCUUCGAGUACUUGCUCGGUCAUCUCCCACAGACAAACAUACUUUGGUCAAAGGUAUUAUUGACAGCACACAGGUGGAGCAGAGGCAGGUUGUAGCUGUGACUGGUGAUGGAACCAAUGAUGGACCAGCACUUAAGAAAGCUGAUGUUGGCUUUGCAAUGGGUAUUGCUGGAACAGAUGUUGCAAAGGAGGCCUCAGAUAUCAUCCUAACAGAUGACAAUUUCAGUAGCAUUGUGAAGGCUGUAAUGUGGGGACGUAAUGUGUAUGAUAGUAUCUCCAAAUUCCUACAGUUCCAGCUCACUGUUAACAUUGUGGCUGUGAUAGUGGCUUUCACUGGAGCAUGCAUUACCCAGGACUCUCCUCUAAAAGCUGUACAGAUGCUGUGGGUCAAUCUAAUUAUGGACACUUUUGCCUCACUUGCUCUGGCCACUGAACCUCCAACAGAAGCUCUAUUGCUAAGAAAGCCAUAUGGCAGGAACAAACCUCUUAUAUCCCGUACCAUGAUGAAGAACAUUCUGGGCCAUGCUGUCUACCAGCUUACUCUAAUAUUUACACUUCUUUUUGUUGGUGAGAAAAUGUUUAAAAUUGACAGUGGGAGAAAUGCACCACUCCACUCUCCUCCUUCAGAGCACUACACCAUUAUCUUCAACACUUUUGUCAUGAUGCAGCUUUUCAAUGAAAUCAACGCACGCAAAAUCCAUGGAGAGAGAAAUGUCUUUGAUGGCAUCUUCAGAAAUCCUAUUUUUUGCACUAUUGUACUGGGUACAUUUGCUAUUCAGAUAGUAAUUGUCCAGUUUGGAGGAAAACCAUUUAGCUGUUCUCCCUUGCAGCUUGAUCAGUGGAUGUGGUGUGUAUUUAUUGGAUUAGGAGAACUUGUAUGGGGUCAGGUCAUUGCAACCAUCCCAACAAGUAGGCUAAAGUUUUUAAAGGAGGCAGGGCGGCUCACUGAGAAGGAAGAGGUUCCUGAAGAAGAACUCAAUGAAGAUGUUGAAGAAAUUGAUCAUGCAGAGAGAGAACUUCGACGUGGACAAAUUCUCUGGUUCAGAGGGCUUAACAGAAUCCAAACCCAGAUCGAAGUAGUCAAUACUUUCAAGAGUGGCACUUCCUUUCAGGGGGCUCUAAGGAGACAGUCCUCCGUCACAAGCCAGACCCAGGAUGUAACCAAUAUUUCUAGCCCUAGUCACGUAUCGUUAUCCAAUGCUCUUUCCUCUCCUACCAGCACAUCUGCUGCUGCGGCUGGGCAUCCGCGUCGUGAAGGCAUUCCGUAGCUCUCUCUAUGAAGGUUUAGAAAAACCAGAAUCUAGAACCUCUAUUCACAACUUUAUGACUCAUCCUGAGUUUAGGAUAGAAGAUUCCCAGCC